CAGGUCCACUCGCGGUCCAGCCGAACGCCCGGGGCCGUGGUGAUUGGAGACGCGGACGCGCGGAGUCCGGAGCCACCCGGGGCUCCACCGCGCAGCCGACAUGGGUAACGCCGGGAGCAUGGACUCGCAGCAGACCGAUUUCAGGGCGCACAACGUGCCUUUGAAGCUGCCGAUGCCCGAGCCAGGUGAACUGGAGGAAAGAUUUGCCAUCGUACUGAAUGCUAUGAACCUACCUCCUGACAAAGCCAGGUUACUGCGGCAGUAUGACAAUGAGAAAAAGUGGGAGCUGAUUUGUGAUCAGGAGCGCUUCCAGGUGAAGAACCCUCCCCAUACCUACAUUCAGAAGCUCAAAGGCUAUCUGGAUCCAGCUGUGACCAGGAAGAAAUUCAGAAGGCGUGUCCAAGAAUCUACACAAAUGCUAAGAGAACUGGAAAUUUCUUUAAGGACUAACCAUAUUGGCUGGGUCAGAGAGUUUUUGAAUGAAGAAAACAAAGGCCUCGAUGUCCUUGUAGAAUAUCUUUCUUUUGCGCAGUAUGCAGUCACUUUUGACUUUGAAAGUGUGGAAAGUACCGUGGAGAGUUCGGUGGACAAGUCAAAGCCCUGGAGUAGGUCCAUUGAGGACCUGCACAGAGGGAGCAACCUGCCGUCACCUGUGGGCAACAGUGUAUCCCGCUCUGGAAGACACUCUGCACUGCGGUAUAAUACUUUGCCAAGCAGAAGAACCCUGAAAAACUCAAGAUUAGUGAGUAAGAAAGAUGAUGUUCAUGUCUGCAUCAUGUGUCUACGAGCCAUCAUGAAUUACCAGUAUGGUUUCAAUAUGGUUAUGUCUCAUCCACAUGCUGUCAAUGAAAUUGCACUAAGCUUGAACAACAAGAAUCCCAGAACAAAAGCCCUCGUCUUAGAGCUGUUGGCAGCUGUUUGUCUUGUCAGAGGCGGGCAUGAAAUUAUUUUAUCAGCUUUUGAUAACUUCAAGGAGGUUUGCGGAGAAAAACAGCGCUUUGAGAAGUUGAUGGAGCACUUCAGAAAUGAAGACAAUAACAUAGACUUUAUGGUGGCCUCUAUGCAGUUUAUUAAUAUUGUAGUCCAUUCAGUAGAAGACAUGAACUUUAGAGUUCAUCUUCAAUAUGAAUUUACCAAAUUAGGCCUGGAUGAAUACCUGGACAAACUGAAACAUACUGAGAGUGACAAGCUGCAAGUACAGAUUCAGGCUUACCUGGACAACGUGUUUGACGUGGGAGCUUUGCUCGAAGAUGCCGAAACCAAGAAUGCAGCCUUGGAGAGGGUGGAAGAACUGGAAGAGAACAUCUCUCAUCUAUCUGAAAAGCUGCAGGAUACGGAGAAUGAAGCCAUGUCCAAGAUUGUGGAACUGGAAAAGCAGCUCAUGCAGAGGAACAAGGAACUGGAUGUUGUGCGUGAAAUCUACAAAGAUGCAAAUACUCAAGUUCACACAUUAAGAAAAAUGGUCAAAGAAAAAGAGGAAGCCAUUCGAAGACAGUCUACCCUGGAAAAAAAGAUCCAUGAGCUGGAGAAACAGGGGACCAUUAAAAUUCAGAAGAAGGGGGAUGGGGACAUCGCCAUACUGCCAGUUGUGGCCUCUGGCACAUUGGCUACUGGGUCUGAAGUAGUAGCGGGUAACUAUGUGGGACCAGUUACAGGGGCUGCCGCCUCAGGACCCUUGCUCCCACCUCCCCCACCACUACCUCUGUCAUCAGACACACCUGAAGCAGUGCAAAAUGGACCGGACACUCCGUCUAUGCCGCCGCCCCCACCCCCGCCCCCUCCCCCGCCCCCACCUCCACCCCCUCCGCCACCACCUCCUCUUCCUGGCCCUGCUGCUGAGACUGUGCCAGGUCCUCCUCUCCCACCACCCCCUCCUCCCUCUGCACCCCCGCUGCCUGGGACAUCUUCACCCACAGUGGUUUUCAACUCAGGAUUAGCAGCUGUGAAAAUUAAGAAGCCAAUCAAGACGAAGUUCAGAAUGCCAGUGUUUAACUGGGUGGCCCUGAAGCCAAAUCAGAUCAAUGGCACCGUCUUCAAUGAAAUCGAUGACGAGCGGAUUCUGGAGGACUUAAAUGUGGAUGAAUUUGAGGAAAUAUUCAAGACAAAAGCCCAGGGUCCUGCCAUUGAUCUUUCUUCUAGCAAGCAGAAGAUAACACAGAAGGGACCAAGCAAAGUGACGUUGCUCGAAGCAAACAGGGCCAAAAAUCUUGCUAUAACUUUAAGGAAAGCUGGAAAGACUGCUGAUGAGAUUUGUAAAGCAAUUCAUGUGUUUGACUUGAAGACACUGCCUGUGGACUUUGUGGAAUGUCUGAUGCGGUUCUUGCCAACUGAGAAUGAGGUGAAGGUGCUCCGGCUGUAUGAGCGGGAGAGGAAGCCCUUGGAGAGCUUGUCAGAUGAAGACCGCUUCAUGAUGCAGUUCAGUAAGAUUGAGCGGCUCAUGCAGAAGAUGACCAUCAUGGCCUUCAUCGGGAACUUCGCAGAAAGCAUCCAGAUGCUGACUCCUCAACUGCAUGCAAUUAUAGCAGCAUCUGUCUCCAUAAAGUCAUCCCAAAAGCUCAAGAAAAUUCUAGAGAUCAUUUUAGCCCUUGGAAACUAUAUGAAUAGCAGCAAGCGAGGAGCAGUUUAUGGAUUUAAACUUCAGAGUUUAGACCUGCUCUUAGAUACAAAGUCAACAGACCGAAAACAAACGUUAUUACACUAUAUAUCAAACGUUGUAAAAGAAAAAUAUCACCAAGUGUCUCUGUUUUAUAAUGAGCUUCAUUAUGUGGAAAAGGCUGCUGCAGUCUCCCUUGAGAAUGUUCUUCUGGAUGUCAAGGAGCUGCAGAGGGGCAUGGACUUGACCAAGAGGGAGUACACCAUGCAUGACCACAACACGCUGCUGAAGGAGUUCAUCUUCCACAAUGAGGGCAAGCUGAAAAAGCUGCAGGAUGAUGCCAAGAUUGCCCAGGAUGCCUUUGAUGAUGUGGUGAAGUAUUUUGGAGAAAACCCCAAGACAACGCCACCCUCUGUGUUCUUCCCAGUCUUUGUUCGGUUUGUGAAAGCCUAUAAGCAAGCAGAAGAGGAAAACGAGCUGAGGAAAAAGCAGGAGCAAGCCCUCAUGGAAAAAUUGCUGGAGCAGGAAGCUCUGAUGGAACAGCAGGACCCAAAGUCUCCUUCCCAUAAAUCAAAGAGGCAGCAACAAGAGUUAAUUGCAGAGUUAAGAAGACGGCAAGUUAAAGAUAAUAGACACGUGUAUGAGGGGAAAGAUGGUGCUAUUGAAGAUAUCAUCACAGCCUUAAAGAAGAAUAAUAUCACUAAAUUUCCAAAUGUUCACUCGAGGAUCUUAGAAACCAACCAUACAGAAGAGCCGAUGCGGUGAGGAGAAGUGUCAGGCGACGCUUUGACGAUCAGAACUUACGCUCCGUUAAUGGUGCCGAAAUGAUGAUGUGAACCUGAGAAGUGCUUACAAGUGGAGGGCACACACAAAUGGAAUUGCCAGUGGGAACUUAUUAAUGUGCUGCCAUUUAGCUGCAGCCCUGAACACAGAUAAAAUAUUCUUAAGGGCUCAGUUUUAGCAAAUAUAGGAAUUUUAAAAAUUAUGGGUUCUCUUUUCGACCCUUGUUAACAAGUGCCUAAAAAUGGAAAUACCUGCUCAGAUUAAUCAAAGCAAUAGGAUUUGAUUUGAUUAGGUAUCUUUUUACGUCAGUAUGUUACUCAGUUUUUUAACCAAAAUGUAAAUUUCGUAUUAAAUUCAUUACUUGCCAUUGUAAUUGUUCCUGAUGGCCCACCCUGGUUUCCUGAUAAGUUGUAUAUAACACAGAUGCAUCUGCUAUAGACUCCUUUUGCUGAGAUGUCUUUGAAGGAACUAUGUUUCAACCAUAUCCAAUUUUGUUUAAGAACAUGCAAUGGAGAAGGAAGUCACAUGAUAAAAGCCUUCAAUCAUGAAGCCCCAGCAACUGCAAACAGGAUGCAGCUGUUCCAUACUCUACUUUUGUGCAAGGGUGCCAUGCCCUGUGAGACAUUCAGUGGAUGAAUGCAAGAUAAUGGCAUAAAAUGUUAAGUCUUAUUUGAAGUACUGUGUUCCUAAGCUAGAGGCAGUUUUUUUUUUUCAAAAUAUUGCAAAUAUAUUUAUUAAUUAGCACUAAAUUUAAUGUCUGAGCAAUGAGUACUUUUGAGAACCAUUAUGGGUCAAUCCUGAAAGUAGAAAUCGGUGCCUUGUUAGUCAGGGAGAAUUUAUCACUCUUGUCAGUAAGCAUUCAAGAUUGCAUGUUCUAGAUGAACCUGGCUUGAUUCUCUUCUGACAAUCCAAGGAUUUUUUUGUCCCUUUUGUAAAUUGGGAGUAUACUAACACAUUUGGAAUCAUGUAUCAAAGUGAACUGUCCAUUUCCCUUAGGAGGAACUACAGUUAAGUUGUUGAAAAACAUUAACAUUUGGAUUAACUUCACUAUUAAUUUCCUUCCUCACUAGCAAGGCAAUUGUUCCAUCCCAAAGUCAAAAACUGGACUGAAGCUAGCUAAAUCUAUACUUUCCAUAAUCUACAUUCUGCUUCUGGCUUACCUUCUUGGCACAUCAGUAUAUUAAUUGUAAAGUUUAUUGUAUAGUAUUUAACCACUGAAUUUCUUUUGUGUUCAUGUGAACUCCUUGGUGAAGGUCCCUUUCCCAUGAUGUGUAGUUAUAUGAUCUCUCUUUAAAUGUACAGAUAUUUUGCUAUAAAAUUGGUGCAGUUUUUUAUGGUUUUUACACUUGUCUUUAAUUCUCACCUAAACCUCUGGGUAAUACUGUAAAUAUUGUUUAAAAUGCAUCAGCUUAUGUUAUUCAAUCUGAAUGUUCCUUUAACUUAUAGUUUUUUUAAAAAAAUAUAUUUAACUACAAGGACAAGUUAGGAGUCAGUUCCAUAUUUCACCUUAGUACACCCAUUUACAGAUUAUAUUUAAACUGCCACUUGCUGGCACAGUUCCAUAAAUGUGUAUUUUAAAAAGAACAUGCCAAAAUUUUGUCUUCCUAUUGAGUCAACAAUUAUUUUGAUAAAAAUAGCAAUUUGACAAUAGGAUAGAUAUAAAACAAAGUUGGACCUUUACCACAACGUAGCUGUCUUCCAAAGGCCAAUGCUUGUGUACAUUUGUUAAAAUGAUUGGCUACUAACAUUGGAAUAGACAAUAAUGUUGGCAUGUUCUUUUCUAUGUCUAUUAAUGAGCCUGCUUCUUAGCAAUAUUAGAAAUGUUUUAUAAACAAUUCAUGUUACUUUUUGGGUCUUUCAUGCCAUAUGAGCAAAUAAACUAUUUACACUACUA